GAGAGAGAGAGGCCUCAACCUCCAUUUCCAUGGCGGAGACUACUCAUCUCACGGUAGUCAGAGCUUGUGCAUUUAGCUCUGCUCACAAUCACAAAUCCCCUCUUGGUCUUAUCAACAACUCUUCUCUUUCUUCUCUUCGUUUUAACCGUUUCAGUAGCAGAAGCAGAUGCCUCAACAUAUAUGGCGGAAGGAUUGGCGGGGCCGCCGUGGUUCGAUCCAUGACAGCUUCAUUUGGGUCUCGAUUGGAGGACAGUGUCAAGAAGACCGUGGCCGAAAAUCCUGUUGUUGUCUAUUCCAAGACUUGGUGCUCGUAUUCUUCGGAAGUGAAGUCAUUGUUCAAGCGACUUGGUGUAGAACCACAUGUUAUCGAAUUGGACGAAAUGGGUCCUCAAGGGCCACAGCUGCAAAAGGUGUUGGAAAGGCUCACCGGCCAACACACUGUCCCUAAUGUUUUUAUUGGUGGGACGCACAUAGGGGGAUGUACAGAUACCGUGAAACUAUACCGGAAAGGAGAACUCACAUCGUUACUGUCUGAAGCUGGUGCCGAACCUACUCAGAGCUAGCCAUCUUGAGUAUAUAGUUGUACUGAAUGCUGGUUCCUUCUGCCAGCCUUGGAUAUGAUAUGGAUGUUAUUGAUACUUUAAAACAAAAUUCAUUUCAUUGACAUUAUUUUCAAGGAGCAAACUUGUUGGUUAUGUACUUAUCCAAUCAAAUUAUGUAAUCCGUUCUCUGUAUGCGAACUAAAUUGUAAAAUGAACGCUCACUGCUAGUUUUUCUACAUUGAAAAUUAGAGUGUCUGCCGAUGAUAAUGUGACAUGUGAACUCAAAACAGAAAGAUGAUAUGAGGAUGGAGUUGGUA